AUGUUAGAAAAAAUGGCAUUGCGACGAGCCGCCACACCUCUCCUCCGAACGCAGACUCGUGCUGCUUCCUCCACGGAUUUGAAGGAAGUCGUUGCUGCCCAGAUUCCCGGCAAGAUUGCUGAGAUCAAAGAAUUCCGAAAAAAUCAUGGCGGCGAUUCUCUUGGAAAUGUUACAGUCGAUAUGGCUUACGGUGGCAUGCGAGGCAUCAAGGCUAUGGUCUGGGAGACCUCUGUCCUUGACGCUGACGAGGGUAUCCGAUUCCGAGGCAAGACUAUCCCUGAAUGCCAGGAGCUCCUUCCAUCUGCCGUCGAAGGCGGCGAGCCCCUCCCCGAAGCUCUCUUCUGGCUCCUCGUCACCGGUGAAGUGCCAACCGUCGAGCAGACCCAGGCCCUCACCAACGAGUGGAACCAGCGAGCUGGCCUCCCAUCUCACGUCGCUGAGAUGCUCGACAACCUCCCAAAGGAUGUCCACCCAAUGGCCCAGUUCUCCGCCGCUGUUACUCUCAUGAACUCCCAGUCCAAGUUCGCGAAGGCUUAUGCUCAGGGUGUUAACAAAGCCUCCUACUGGGAAUAUGUCUAUGAAGAUUGCAUGGACUGCAUUGCCAACCUUCCUUCCAUCGCCGGAAAGAUUUUCAACAACCUUUACGGUAAGCACGGACACCUUCCAGCCACCGACUCUGGUCUCGAUUGGUCCGCCAACUACUGCAACAUGAUCGGAUUCAACGACCCCCAGUUCGUUGAACUCAUGCGACUUUACUUCACCAUCCACACCGACCACGAAGGUGGCAACGUCUCUGCCCACACCUCCCACUUGGUUGGCUCUGCCCUUUCCGACCCAUACCUUUCCCUUGCCGCUGCCUUGAACGGUUUGGCUGGUCCCCUCCACGGCCUUGCCAACCAGGAAGUCCUCGUCUGGCUCACUCAGCUCAUUGCUGAUCUUGGCUCCAACGAAGUCUCCGAUGAGAAACUCCGGGACUUCAUCUGGAACUCCUCAAGGACUGAUCCCCGAUACACUUGCCAACGAGAAUUCGCUUUGAAGCACCUUCCCGACGACAAGCUCUUCAAGCUCGUUUCUCAGCUCUACAAGAUCGUCCCAGACAUUCUCCUCGAGCAGGGCAAGGCCAAGAACCCAUGGCCCAAUGUGGAUGCUCACUCCGGUGUUCUCCUCCAGCACUACAACCUCACCCAGAUGGAAUACUACACUGUCCUCUUUGGUGUCUCCCGAGCUCUUGGCUGCUUCUCUCAGAUGAUCUGGUCCCGAGCCGUCGGACUUCCUCUUGAGCGACCUAAAUCCAUGUCUACUGAAGGCCUCAAGAAGUUCCUCAAGGUCUAA